AUGCAAAAGACGUGUGUACAGACUAUUUUUUUUUGUAGUAACAGUUGUAUUCUAGGUAAUUAUCGAUUAAUUACUGAUCAAUCUAAUUAUAUCGUUACAUUAUCAAAUCCAUUAAUCACAAUUCAUGCUUCGAUUGGUCUUGAUAAUAAACAUACAUCUCCUUUAUUAACAGAAUUAUGGUAUCAACAAAUCAAUCAGCAACCUUUAAUUCUUCAAUCAGGCUCAUAUAUCUUUAAAGCCAAUGACGAAUCAAAUAAAAACCAUAAUAUCUCUUGGAAUUUGAAUCUUUCUCUUAUUAAUAAUAAAUUAGAUUCAUCUUUCAAUUCAAAAUUAUUACUUAACAUACAAUCAACAUUAUUUAAUCAACAAAUUAAUCUUUUUAUUCAAAAAAAACAAGACAAUCAUUGUUCUUAUCCAAAUUCAUCAAAAGAUUUUGCUCUAUGUUGUAAUUUAUGUACUACAGUUACAAAUCAAACAAAUCGUUUUUGGUCAACUAUAACACAUGCAAUGAAUAUUAAUCAAAUACCAGAUAUAAACGAUAUAAUGAUUAUUCAACAUCCAUAUGGAAUACAACAAAAGUUUUUCUAUUAUUCACUCUAUCCAUUUCAUCAAUGGAAGAAAUAUAUAAUAGAUUUUCAUUUUAUCGAUGUUUUAUUCAUUCCGUAUAAACAAUUAGCUAUCUUUGAAUUGUAUUUAUGUGAUGAAAUAUUAUGUAAACUUGUAUUACGAAUAUAUGAAUAUAAAUUAAAUAAAACAAUUGAAUUGCAUAAUCAACUAUAUUGUCCGGAUGUAAUUAUUGAAAAAAAUGUGUCUUCAUUGAUAUAUUUUCAACUUUAUUUUAAUAUAUUAUCGAAUAUGCUUUAUCUAAUUGGAAAACAAAAUAUUUAUGCAUCGAAUGAUUAUGGUACUAAACUUAUUCGUAUAUGGACUAAUGAUUUAUCUUUUACUGAUUUAAUCAUUCUGAAUCCUAUUGUGUUUUCUGAUACUGGUCAUAUUGCUUUUAUCUAUGAAUUGAAAAAUCAUCCUUCAUAUUAUUAUUAUUUUGCUGUUUUUUCAAAAGCAGGUCUUUUCUAUGGAUGGCGUACUCGAUUUUUUCGAUCAUCUGUUCAAAUGGAUGAACCAUUCUUUUUUGACUAUAGUGGUAGUCUUUAUUUCAAUGCGUCACCACCAUUAUUAAUUAUACAAGCAACUGAACAAUCACUCGUUGCAACAUCUUAUCUUUUAGUGAAUAAUAUUCCGGGCCCAUUUUUUGUACGCGAAAUUGAUAUGGAUCGAAUAUUUGUUUUUUGUUCAUUAUCAUCAUGGGAUAAUCGAUUUGAAUUAAUCGGUUCAACACUUCAAUUUGAUAAACUUGGACUAUUUUUCGUUAUAAAUAAGGAUAUAUCAUCUAUAGAAUUUCCUUUUUGUUUACAAACGUCUCGUUUAAACUCUAGUCCACUUAAAACAUCACGACAAUGUGAAUUAAAAUUUCAUUCUUUACAAAAUUCUAAAAAAAUUCAUUUACAACUGUCGAAAUGUACAUUCACUAAUGAAGAUCAAAAUUCGACAAUAAUUACAUCGAAAUACCCAAACAUUUUUAUUGAUUCUAUUAUAAAUAAUACAUUUGCAUCGGGACGAAUUUUUCAAGAUGUUUUAUUCAAUAGUACAUAUGUUGAUCAAUGGAAUAUAAUUCAUAUACAAGUUGAACAAGUAUUAGACAAAUGUUUAUUACAAAAUCUUGGUCAAAAUCAUCAUUCACCAUUAAUCUACAUUCCACCCUCAACAAUUUAUCCAAUUUCUAAUGGUGAUAAUCUCGAUACACUCAUUCAACCUGAAUUUGAAAUUGAUUCUGAUUUAUCAAAACUAAUUCCAAUUGAACCACCUUAUUCAAUAUGUGGUGGAUUUAAAAAUUGUACUUGUAUUUCAUCUUUAAUAUCUUAUCAAUCAAUAAUACAUUGUGCACAACGAUUUUAUAUAAUUAAUUCAACAGUCAAUAAUCGUGUUUAUGUGGAAUUAUGGAUAGGAAAAGAUCGUCUUUAUUUACCGAAUGAUAAGAGUAUUUUUUUAAUUGAAGAACUAUCGAAACGUAAUGAUUAUGAAUUAAUUAAUAAUUCAUGGACAAAUGAAAUGAAGGAAAAUAUUCUUGAAUUAUUCUUGAAAAAUUUGAUUCAUUUAACAGACAAUGAAAUUCAUGUAUUUCAAUUAUUAAAUAGUUCAUUAUCAUAUGGAAAUUUUCUUUUUCUUGGACCAAAUCUUAAAAUAAAAUUUAUGGAUGAAGGUCUCUAUCAUUUUCGUAUAACUUAUUUAUGGGGUGAUCAAUUCUGUUUAACAAGUAUUGAUCUUUUAAUUCUGAUGAUUAGCAAUACACCAACAUUAACUAGUUAUACAUUUAAUUAUUUUUUUAAUUGUAUAUUAAUAUUAAUCUUAAUGUUUAUUUUAUGGAUAAAUUAUGUUAUAUUUUAUGAGAAGAUUUAUAGGAAAAUAUUUGUUCAAUUAAAAAAAGAAAAUUUCUUUGUACAUAGACCUAUUAAUGAUCAUAUUAAUUUUGAAAUGUUAGUUAAAAUUCGAGAACAAUCACAAAAAUUAUUACCUUAUAGAUAUUUACUUAUCAAAGAUGAGAAUAUAUAG